AUGGGGCCUCCUUUGACAGUGAAUAACAAAGAAGAAUUAUCACCACCACAAGCAUUAAAUGGAAGCCUUCCAAAGUAUGGCCAUCGUGGGAUUAAUUGGGAUCUUAUCAGUGUUGAAAUAGGAUUUACAGUUGGCUUUGGAGUUUCCGUUGGGUCACUUGUGUUGUGCAAGAGAUGGAGUAAGUGGUAUCACAAAGCUAUGUACAGGAUGAUUCUUAAGAUAUUCCCACAGCUGGAGGAAAGAAUUGGAAUUCAUCGAAGACAUGUUCACAUAAAUCGAAGGUGGAGAGUUGAGGAGCAAUGCAGCUGGACUCCAAUCCAUGGCAAGAAGAUGAACAGCUCGAUCUCCAUGACCCUUCUUUCUUUGACAGCUUCCACUUCUCAUCGAAGUAGAAAGGCGGUGGAUGGUGAUGAGAACUUGUAG